AUGGAAGGUCAGUUAAAGCUCCAGUGCCAUCGGACGACGGAAACAACGCUCGACGACUCAGCUCGUUUGCUCUCGAACGUCAGGACGACGGGACUCGACUUUCGUCGUCCGGUCAAAGCUGUCCACAAACAUCGGCCUCACAACAGACUUUACGCGAAAAUGCCAUCUCAGCACAGUUGCCAAGCUGACGGUGGGAAGAAUGACCCUCGUCCGAGAGCCUCACCUGCGCCAGGAAGACUCGCACGCGAUGCGUCCUCAGGUCCGAGACCGGCGGCUUGGCGGCGCAUCAUCCGCCCAACCGAUGGGCAUCCUCCGACGGCCGGACUGGCACCUCGAGACGGCACCCGCGAGGCCUCGGCAACCUGUUGCUGGGCCGAGCAGAUGGUCUGCGAGGCGCCGGCGUCUGUCGGCGCCGGACCGAACCCGCGCAGGGUGCAAGAGGCCGGCGUGAUUGGCGGACCCAGUGCCGGAGCGCCGCAAAGGCGCCGACUGCCAGAACUGCUUCGGGAGGCGGCGGUCGCCUCGAACUCCUAA